GGGGGGCAGUAUUAGCCGUUGCACUCAUUUGAUCACAUGUUCAGACAGCCAGCCAAUCAGAAGAUGCUUUGCUGGAGCGCGCAACUUGAUUCAGGAAAUAACGGGUGCACCGACAACAGUAACAUUGAUUGAUUGAAAAUAACUUCAUUUGGGUAAAUAUGUCCAUCGUUUCUGACUCUACUCUUUUGUCAUCGCUUGGGAAAGGCGACAGUUUACACCAAAAAGUUCUUGCAACCUUCCCUCUGUGUGAUGUGACCGAAGAAGAUCUGACCCGGAACCCGCAGAUGUGUAAACUUAUGGCCACACUGGCCCAACAUGUGGACAAGACUGGGCUCACCAUGUUUCUAAAGUCAGAGCUGGACAAGGCUGAACAGAGGCUUCAGAACCACAGGCGUCAGUGGCUUUGCUCUGAGAGCCUCUACACAGGGCUGCAGGAGAUGAUCCAGGACUGCUGUGUAAGGGAGCAUCAUGCUACAGUACCACCAGACCAGAAAAUGUUCUGUGAGACUGUAAAGAGUUGUCUCGAAGUGGCCCAAUGCGUCAGACAACUGGACCUCAGUAGCACAACCACUGAGGACCAGUCUUCUAUCCUGGGCCUGCGCUCUGAACAGGUACUGGAACUCAUGCCAGCAGAGAAGAAUGUACAAAGAAUUAAACAAAGUUUACCCAAUGAACUGGAGAAACAUCUCAAGAAAAAGUGUUUCAACCUGCUCUCUUACUAUCAGCCUGAAUGGGAGAAUGAAAGUGAGGGUCUGAAGAACAGCAAACUGUCACACCUGUCUGCCCUGCUGGAAAAAGAGAAGAAAAGGACAGAAAGUUUGAACGAGACCUCCAAGGAAAAGACACUUCUCCUGCAGAGACAGAUUCAACUCUACACCUCUGAGUUGACAAAGUGUGUUCAGCUCCUCCAGUCUCUGGUGUUGGACCACAGACUCAAGAUACAGACGGAUCUGGACAGGAAGAAGCUGGAGUAUUUUGAAGGCAAAUGUGAACUUGUCUUACAGAAGAUAAAGGCUGAGAUGGUGGAUAUUCAGUUGGACACAUACACCCCUGAAGCAAUAUCUGCACACAAAAAGAUAAGAGAAAAUCUAGAUUCUGAGCUGAAGGCCUGUCAGUUGGAGAAGCAGUCCAUAGAGUUAAAACUCUCCUCCUUUGAGAUCUUGGGCAAAGACUUUGAGACCCUGGCUGAGGAAUACUGCAGGUUACGGCAGGAGAUUGAGAUGAAAAACUGGGCCCUGAAGGAGUUUACGCAGUACAAAAACAAAUGAAGUUUAUACAUUUAAUAUAAUGUUUUCCGUAAAAGGCUCUUCUUUCUAGCGUGUUAAAACUCACAGGUAAAGGGUUUAUUUUGUUUGAAUACGUUUUCUAUACCUAGUAAGUUCUUUUCUCAUUAUUUCCAUGUAUCUCUUACAUUGUCACAUUAAGUACAAAUGACUGACUUUUAAUUUCCCUUUAAAACUUUUCCUGAUUUUCUUUAAAAUAUGGAGUAACUAACUUAAAUCACAUCCUCUUUGUGUAGGACUACAAAUCAGACUUACAUUUACUCCAAGUUAAUACAUGUUAAUCACCCAUUGGUAGAUGCAUUUUACAUCACGGUAAAGGCACACAUUAUUUAUUUACUUUUGCUGUUGUUAAUUUUUUUUAGAGCAAUUGUUUAAAUCACCCUUCUUUGGAAAACUCAUACUCCAAGACUGGAUGAAAUUUAUUUUGACUUGUAGUGUGUGUCUCAUUAUUUUGAAGUUAAUUCAGGCUUGAGGAUGUACAUAUAAUGUUCAUCUUAACGUUGUACUAUUAUUUGUGUCAGAAAUCCUUUAACUGAUGCUAUUUUGUGGCUGUUUCUGUUAGUGGUUGUUGCAUUUGUCUGAUUGUUCAAUGUAUGUGUAAAUAAUUCUCAAUAAAUGUUGAUCUAUUAAUUUUAUCUUUUUACAACAAUCCACAGGAGUUGAUGACAGAUGACCUUACACACUUUGGGGACAAGUGAUUCCCAUUGCACAACAGGCCGUAUAUCAAAAUACUACGUGUGUAAUGUUACUAAACAAAAUGUACAUUCUAUACAACUUGUGUAUAUGUAAUAAACUUAUUUCUGCUUA